AUGGCGACUCUCAUCGUGACGUCGACCGAUGUCGACCCUCUACAUGCUCUGCCUGCGUCGUCUCAUACUCCACCUCUGCCCUCGACGACGCCCUCAUCCACGCUGUCGCCACUCUCCCUUCCCAAGCACAACGGAGACGCCAACACUGGCGACCUCUCCAUCAACAUGGUCAUCCACCAGAACCCCUUUUCCGUCACACUCGACGCCUGGGCCAUGCUCGCCGGCUCCUUGCUGCUCGUGGUCGGGAUGCACUGUAUGCACCUGUCUGUGCUCAAAGCCAUUAUUGUUGCGGUGCCCGUCGUCUUGCUCAUCCGCAACGACUAUCUCAAUUUCCUCUUGCUGGGCCCGGGCGGCACACCACCCACUUUUGUGGGCUACGUCCGCCUGCUGUGGUUCCGAUUGUUUGCUCUGCGUGACGUCUACCACUGCCCACCUGAGACCGACCCGGGCUUGGCGCCGUCCCGUGGCAUUCUGCAGAGCGGCGGCGGCGGCAGCAGCGACGAGCACAUGGACUCAACUGCCAGCGAACUGCCGUACCGUCCCGGGCCCCGGCCGCAGGUGGCUGGCCUCGCGCCGCAGCGGCAGCUCGACCAGCAGGCGUCCACGGCGUGCUACAGCCAACUCCGUGCCGCGGUCGAGGCCCUGACGCGUGAGCACCCCGACACGUUGAGCAUCGCGACCUCGUGCAUCGAGAAGCACGGCUUUGGCCUGUUUGCACGCCAUCCCGUCAACGUCUGGGGCCAGGGCGAGAUCUUCCACAUCCACGACUCGGAAAAGUCCAUGCACAUGAGCCUGCACCCGGACGACAUCAAGGAGGUGCUGGACAAGGGCUGGGGUCAGCGCCACCCUCUCGCCUUUUCUGGCUGGGUCAAGGCGCCGCUGCCGCCGACCUUUGUCAUGAUCUAUGCGCCGAGAGACGAGAGCGAUCUCGCUAUCAUUGUUCGCAUUGUCGAGGCGGCCAUCUGGUACACCAUGGCACAAAAGAUCCAGCUGAAAGUGCCACCUGCUGAGCCAGAGAUGCUGGCGUAA